UAUUGAUUAUAAUAAUAAUAAAUCACGAAAUUCACAAUAAUUCCACAUUGACACACACCAAACCAAACGGCUCCUCCGCUGCUGUCUCGUAGCAGCUCACAGAAGAGAGAAGAAGAACGGAGAAAGGGACGGAGGUGCGACGGCAAUGGAGCAGCCGGAAGAGCAAGACGUCGACAUGACUUCCCCCGCCGAUAUCAACAACGACAAUGAGCCUGAUGUUGAAGAUAUGCGCAAGAGAUUGAAGGAAAUGGAAGAUGAAGCCGCUGCUCUUCGUGAGAUGCAGGCUAAAGUCGAGAAAGAGAUGGGCGCUGUUCAAGAUCCUGCUGCCGUGGCUGCUGACCAGGCAAACAGAGAAGAAGUUGAUUCUCGAUCAGUGUUUGUGGGCAAUGUUGAUUAUGCUUGCACGCCUGAAGAGGUGCAGCAGCAUUUUCAGUCAUGUGGAACUGUAAACAGGGUGACAAUUCGGACUAACAAAUUCGGGCAACCUAAGGGAUAUGCUUAUGUGGAGUUCGUUGAGGUAGAGGCUGUUCAAGAAGCAAUUAAUUUGAGCGAAUCUGUUUUGCAUGGCCGCCAAUUGAAGGUGACAGCAAAGAGAACCAAUGUCCCAGGAAUGAAGCAGUUUCGAGCUAGGCGUCCCAGUCCUUUUAUGGGCGGCUAUGGUUUUAGGGGCGCAUAUCCAGCAACACCAUAUUUUUACCCACCUUAUGGAUAUGGAAAAGCCCCGAGGUUCAGAAUGCCAAUGCGAUAUGGCCCUUAUUAGUAAAAAUAUGGUUAGUUUGUUUAGAACAUAAAUUGUGAAGGAUGGGAAUUGGUAUAUUAUGAUGCCCUCUUGUCAUCAAUCUUCAUCAGAGUUGGUGACUCUUUUAGGAACUAUCUGAGAAACUUUUUGAUAGCAGUAACAAUGAAUUUGAUGAUCAACAAUGUAAUUAUGUGUGUGAGCUUUUGAGGAUGAUAUAAUUUAUCCUACUUAGUUUGUUCUUG